AUGCAAGCAGAGAAGCAGCAAGCAUGGAAAAUCAGCGUUCAAGCUAAAGCUAAGAACUUCCAUUUCAAAUUGAAAGCAACCCAAAUCGCGCCCUCCACUUGGAAGCUCCAUCGACUCUCCAUUUCCCUCAAGCUCCGCAAGCUUUUUCUCGGAGUAAAUGCAGAAUCCACAGGGCAUCAAAAAACGAAAAAGAACUCAGAAUUCACAUCAUUAUUAGUUCCUGGACAGCAGCAGAAACAAACCCUGAAAUCCAAAUUCCUUAUAUUUGUGAAGAAGUUUCGAUUUCGCAGCUCCAAGAAACGGGAUAAACCUCAACGGUUCUCUUAUGAGGAAUUAAUUUCUGCGGGUAAUUUGGUGAAUGGAGGUCUUGCAUUUCUACCUCAAUCAAUCACCAGAGUUUUGGUCAUCUUGCUGCUUCUGAUGGUUGCUGCCGCAUUUGCCAGUCCAGCAGUGCUUGAUUUUAACAAUUAUUUGAAGUACUGUGGAAAAAUACGUGGGGCUUGGUCCAAACUCUCAACCUGA